ACCGCACCCAGUGUCCCUUGCAGCAGCACGACCUUUACCUUCCUGUUGUGCCUUUGUCUUGUUUAAGAAGUAGUGAGGUUUUGUGUGAAACUAAAACAAGGUCUUUGGAUUUACAGGUUUGCUCAGAGUGCCUGAAACGUACACCCCAAAAAGUGCUAGAGAGAGACACCUGCAUUGCAAAGCCUUGGACAUCUGUCUAAAACGGGACACGGAAUCUUGAAACGCUCGCCUGCAACAGGUGUCACGCUUGCCUCGCGACAACGAGAGAAUUAGGUCGUUUCAGACACUAUGUUCGCCUGCGGAGAGAAAAACCUUGCGACAUUCCGCCGGAACUGAACUGUCUCAAGCAACAAGUGCAACCCUGUUUCCGCCGGGACAGUCAUUAGUCUCUGGUCUGCAACUUCCAUCACUGAAACACUGCUGUGAAGCGGGAAAAAAACGGCAACUCGAUAACAAAACAGGAGACAUUGAAAAGCAAACUCACGGUGAGGGGAACAGAUAUAUCACCUGUUCUCCGGCGCCAGACCGAGGGCUCGGCCACCACUCGCGAGGAGGACGCCCCUCGCCGUUGUGUCACUCCAGCAAGAUCAGUCUCUCGCCGCCCACCACCACGACCUCGCACGACGAGGGCGACGAAGCGGCCUCUCCAGACUCCACCAUGACGCCAGACUGCCCCAUGUCCCCGGGAGAGCAGGACGCGCCGGACCUCAUCUGCAAGUGGGUCGGGUGCGGCCUCAGCUUCGAGAGUCUUGACGAGUUGGUCUCUCACCUGACGGCCGCUCACGUGACGUCACAACAUGGCGCCUUCUUUUGUCUGUGGCACGGCUGCUCGCGGACCAAGGGCUUCAAUGCCAGGUACAAAAUGCUCAUCCACAUCCGCACACACACGAACGAGCGGCCGUACGUCUGUAGCCAGUGUGACAAGCGCUUCAGCCGCCAGGAAAACCUUCGCAUCCACGCCAGGACACAUACAGGAGAGAAGCCGUACGUGUGCACGGUCCCCGGCUGCGGCAAGGCCUACUCCAACUCCUCGGACCGCUUCAAGCACACCCGCACGCACUUCGUCGACAAGCCGUACGAGUGCCGCCACCCGGGCUGCGGCAAGCGCUACACGGACCCUUCCUCCCUCAGGAAACACGUCAAGAUCUACGGCCACUACCGACGCCCCGAGGACCAGCACCCGCCCUCGCCCGUGCCGCCCUCCUCCGCGGCCGACCUCCUCGACCCGUCGCUGGCGGCGGCGGCCAGGCUCGACCUCUCGCCCUCCCCGUCCUCGUCAGGGUCCUCGCUCGUGCCCUCGCCCGUGCCCUCCACGCCCUCGCCCUCCCUCCUACCUCCGCCCCUCUUCCCGGGGGCUCCCUCCGGCCCCGUGGGCAGCAUGGGGGCAUCGGGACUCUCCCCGUGGGCCCCCGUGACGGCGGCGGCGUGGACGGUGGCGCUGCAGCAGUACCAAGGGCUCCUCCUGCAGGGGGCGGGGCUGGCGGGGCUCGGGGGCAUCCACUCGCACCAACACCUGGUGGAGGAGGAGGAGGAGGAAGAGGAGGAGGAGAUGGAGGAGAUGGACACCGCCACCGCCCUCGACCUCUCCAUGUGCCCGUCCCCGCUCGACCUCUCGCUGCCUUCGUCGCGGGCCAAGCACCAGUAACGCCCCCGCCGCGACCCUGCCUCCUGUCCUCCUUCAGGCCUCCGCGGCACGGGCACUGCGGCGCGGGGGGCACCGUGCCUCGUUGGAGCCCCGUGGAACGUCGUCGUGGCCUCACAGUGCCUUAGCGAAUGUCAGACGUCAAUAUGCGGUGUGCGAUAUA